AUGGCCGUUCAAUCGUCUCUCGCCCUCCCUGGCGAGCCAAGCGAGCCAAGCAUGGGUUCAAUUUCUCCUCAUUCGCUGCUUUCCCUCCCUCUCCACGUCCGCAAGAGGAUUUACUUCUUCGCAGGCGUGACCAGAGAGUGUCCAAUCGUUAUCAUUCCUCCCUCUAAAGCCGUACCUCGCCCUACCCUCCACCGUGACCCAGCCGACGUGCGCCUGGAUGACGGACUGGUCUGCAAUUUUGCAUCUCGCAACAGAGGGCGGGGUAUAGGGUUACACAUGCCACAUGAAACGCGCGAGUGCGAAUGCCCAGAAGUCCCAAAGGACCUUCUUCGCGUCAACAAAGCUCUCCAUGGGGAAGUCCAAGAUAUUCUCUAUGGCGAAAAUAAAUUCGUGAUUGUCGUCAAGGACGGAUCUAAACCGGUCGAGAAGUGGACGAACUUUUGCCAGCGACUUGCGUCCUGUCUCGUACCUGGACGUUUGAACUUGGAAUUUAUUUGCGACGUCGGAGAGUUUGCAACAGCCGAGAAAUUCAUGCAGCCGCUUCAGGCCCUUCCACAGCUCAAGAGCUGCGCUAUUAGACUUGGCAGACGUCGAGACACUGAUCUCCGCUCGCUCGCCCGUUCUACUGCAGCUAGCUUGACUGCUGUUCAGCAUGAAGGCGAAGACUCUUCAUUCCCAUUCUUCUUGUUGCCACACGAGGUUCGUCUCCACAUUCUAAGCUACACGAACCUCGGGCAGCACGGUUCCUUCAAGCCAGAAUGGAGCGAUAUCACCAUCAAACGUGGGAAAUUCAGCCAACGCUAUCCCAAGGACGAAAGGUCUCUCAGCUACCGCAGGGCUUGUUGCCUCGACUGUUCAUUCACCAAACUGGAUUGCAUUUGUCCCUUGAACUAUUCGGCUGUCUCUCCCAAUUGCACAUGCAGAGACCUGCCCCUUGAUCUCUUGCGUGUUAACAAGCAAAUGAACGAAGAAGCAACACAAGUUCUCUUUACGACAAACAUGUUUACAUUUGAAGGCCCCUUCGAUGAUACGCUCAAUAUGCUCCGUGCCCUCAAUCCUGCCUCUUUGAAACUCUUCAGGCGAAUCAGGUUUCGUUUCGAGCCUGGUCAGAUUUUCAAAUGGAGGAGUACUAAGCAGAACUGGACCGAUCUUAUCUCCUUCAUCGGACAGAACUUUGAUACACCUCGUCUCUUCGUUGUAUUCGAUACAACUGUCGACGGUCAAUCGUGUCGUGAGCGCAAUCAUCAACAAACGAUCAUGAACACGGUACAUGAGGGCUAUGCUUUCUUCAUUGAUGAGAUGAAAAACCACAUUACUAGCUUGUUGGACUUUCAUGUGACUCUGGGAGUCUUCCCAUAUCUGGAGAGGAUCUUUGAGAGGCACAUCUUGGGUCAAGAGUACGACAGUAGUAACGGGAAUCAACAUGCGAAGGAAGUGCGCAUUCGUGACGCGGAUCCUGAUGAUGAAGAUGACGAAGAGGAGCCAUUGAUUGGGGUCAGAUUUUGA